ACCUCUCUCUCCCAGUCCCAGUCUGUAGUGCACUCGAUUCAUCAUCCUCCUCCUCAGUAGCCAUCGAUUCUAACCUCACCCGCGCCGCAUCUGCCAAGCUCCUCCGCUCCUGUUACUCCCAUGGAGCUCGCAGCGUCCGCUUCCGCCUCGGCCGUCUGCUCGGCGUACCGCCAACUCUCGGCGCCAGCGGCGGCCGCUGACCGCGGCGUCGGCGGCGACGACGCGCAGGAGACGGCGACGCGGCUCGAUCGGCGGCGGAGGAAGCGCGGCGGCGGCUGCGCGGGGCUCCGGCGGCGGUGCUACGCGGUGCUCAAGCAGCAGCGGACGCGGCUCUACAUCCUCCGCCGGUGCGUCACCAUGCUGCUGUGCUGGCACCAGCACGACCUGUCCGACUGAGCGCGCUCGAUCUGUUUCCUUGUGUAGUGUGUGUACGGUCCUAGGGAGAGGAUAGGGAGGGAGACGAAGCUUUUCGUUGCGACCGGCUGCCGGCAUGUGAAAAUCAUCGAAUGCUGGUGGAAUCUGGUUUCCAAUUUGGCGUGUAUUUGGGCAUGAACAACGCGAACAAAUUUAUAUUGCCUGAUUUGU